AUGACAUCUCCAGUGGCGGCCGCCAUCGAGAGCGCCCGCGCCGAGGCAGCGCGCCUGGAGCACGAGCGCGCCGCCGCCGAGUUCGCCGAACGCUGGAGACAACAGGAAGCGCAAGCCGAAGCCGAACGAACCCGAUGGGUCGAAGAUGUGCAACGGGGACUUAACGCUCAACUGGAUUUAUUCCAAGAGAAGGUCCACCAGAUUGAAGCUGAGCGGGAGAGGGAGCGAGAAUCUUCCCGGAACAUUCAGCGGUUUCAGGCCCACCAGUUACACAACCUUCGUCCAACACGCCAGGAAAAUUUAGCGGCUCAAGCAACAUCGGGAUCUGAUUCGGUGUCGCAUGUGAAGACAGAGACCGGGCGUGAGACAUUGCACCCAGUAUCCAGUGCGCCUAUCCAGUCUGGUCAGGCGCCCAUCCAGUCUGCGACGCCGCGUACCGACGAGCUUCUAGCAGCCCAACUUCAGGCGACGAUCGACAGCGUUCUCAAGGCGAGAGCAGCCACGGGAGCCAAGGCGCGCGCUGGUCAAGCUGCGCCGGCGAAGGACAAGCAGGAUGCCCCCGCGAAGGACGCGAAGAAGGUGCCCGUGAAGCAGGAGCCUGCCAAGGAUGCGAAGGACACCAGGUCAGGACCGCGCAAGCGUUCAUCCGGUGGGCGGAGUCGCGGAAGUGGCGACCCCUCCGGAUCCGACUCGGACUCGAGCUCUGAUGACGGCUACGACGAGGGCUACAGCUCAAGCGACUCCGACGACUCGCUCGCGAACGUGCCCACGCACUCCACGUCGGUGACGACGAAGGACGGCAAGACGGUGAUGAACUUCCGGCCGUACGUGAACUCAAACUCACUCGAAGACUUCGACGACAAGGCGUCGUACCAUGAGCGGACACGAUGGUGGGAGCGAUUCCUCACCUUGACCGUUCAGGGUGGUUGGACGGACAGCAUGAAGGUGUACGAAUUACGCCUGAAGCUUCCUACAUCCGCUCGCCACUGGCGUGCACAAUUGCCGAGGCAUGUACGAGGCGACUGGACCCAGCUAUCCCAUGCGUUCAAGCGCAAGUACUGCCGGUCCCGGAUGUCCGACUCGGAGAGGUACUACACGAUCGAGCAAGGACGGACUGAAUCGGCGCUUGACUUCUUCUACCGACUGAAUGCGGCCGCCUGCAAGGCGAAUGUGGAGUUCAAGAAGUCAUCUAGGACGCGUGAGAUGCACAUCAAGCGUUUUAUCCGGAAGCUGACCGAGUCGAAGCUUCGAUCCAGUCUGAAGAGCCAGUGUCUACACAGCAUCGACGACCUGGAGUUCAUUCUGCGUCAAUACGAAGACGAUCACCAGGACAGCGGACGUGAGAACUCGGCAUCCAGACCACGCGACUUCCGCGCGGGCAACGUGCAUCGAGACCGCGAACGCGAGCGAUUCAGACCGAAGGGUCCUGGCCGCGCAUACGUCGUUCAGAGCGAGGAUGAAAACCACUCGAUCACCUAUCCAUAUUAA